GAAAAGACACUUUCCGCAAUGCAUUUAAAGGUUCUGCAAUUGACAAUUGUCGCAGUAGCAUUUAUUGCCAGCUCUACGGGUUCUGCGAGCCUGCAACGAAUUAUCAAUGGGUCUGCGGCAAGGCCAAAGGAGCUGCCGUAUCAAGUGUAUUUCUAUGCCUUCAUUGUGCCUGUAGGCUGGGCAAGAACCUGUGGUGGUAGCAUAAUUUCUCCGCGCCUUAUUCUCACAGCUGCCCAUUGCCUAAAAGGCGAUAUCACUCACAUUGAUAUUUAUCUGGGCGCGAAUAAUGUUACAAAUAUUGAGGAAAAAGGUCAACAACGUUUGCUGCUAGACAUCUCCCAUGUGGUGCUCCACGAGGCGUACAAUCCCAACACGUUUAUAAACGAUAUUGCGCUAAUCAAACUGCCAGCCGAUCUACAAUUCGAUGACUAUAUACAAGCAGUUGCUCUGCCCGAAGAUGAUCUAACUAGCUACUCACAUCGAGCGGCAAUUGCCAGCGGCUGGGGCUUGGUCGAUUUUGUUCAUCGACGACGUACGGACAUACUGCAAAAACUCGAUGUCAUAGUUAUGUCGAACAUUGAGUGCAGCGCUGAAAUACUUAAGCGAGCUCCGGGCAAAUUCUUUACAAGCUCAUUCAUAUGCUUAAUGCCGCCGAAGGGCACAAGUCCAUGCAAUGGAGAUUCUGGUGGGCCGCUUGUAGUGAAGGACUCCUUUAACAAGCCUCUGCUGAUUGGCAUCACCUCGCAUAGCAUCUAUGCGUGUGAAAAAGGCGAACCAGCAGUAUAUACACGAGUUGCAUCCUUCUUGGACUGGAUUGAGCAAGAGGGUAGAAUUCAGUCAUAGUAUGAAAAAAAAAACACUUUGUUUCAAAUUGUCGAAUAAACAAAUAUGAAUUUUCAAUAAAAGUGUUCCAGCGGAAAUUUGUUAACAUUUA